UGCGCACCCGCCCCAGCGCCGCGCGCGCAGCCUGGCCGCCCGCGCCUUGCACGGCCGCCCGCCCGCACCGCGCUUGCGUCCCGUGUUCCUGUGGGCGCGCCAGCGCGACGGCACCGUCCAGGAGGUUCGCUGCGAGGACUACGACCCGCGCAAUCGCAUCCGCAUAGCUCGCACCCCCGACGGUUGGCGAGUGAUCCCGCGCACCGAAAUCUACAACUCUAUACGCGUCCCGGCUUCGGUCCCCGCGCCGGCUCCCGCGCCGGCCUCUGCGCCGCGCGAGCGCCGGGAGCGGCGCCGGCGCCGCCGUCCGGCCCGGUCCCGCCGCCGCCGAGACCCACCGCAGCAGAGAGCGACGCCCGCGUGGCUCGCUCCCGACCUGGAAUCCCACAUUCCGUCGCACACGAUCGCGGUGCCGCGCGCGCCGCCGCCCCCUGCCCUGGAGCCGACGCCGCUCGACAACCUGCUCGCCGUGGCCGAGCUUGAGUUCAAUCAGCAACGCGGCGAGGAGGCUCUCGAGCUGGAGUUGCAGGCGGACGCGGCGGGCGCGGCGCCCGGCGAACCCUACACUUUCCUACCGCCCGAAGAGGCGCGCGACGUCAUGUCCUUCGAGCUCGGCGAGCCGAAGGCCGACGACGGCAUGUUCUUCGAGCGCAAACAAGCACCGACCGAUGAGGUAUCGUACGGCGGCGACAUCGCGCACAAGGACCUGUUCGAGACGAUCAGUGAGGCGCACUACCUGCCCGAGCUCGGCGGGCCGCAUGACGAGGCGUUGCUCGAGUCGCUCGUCGAGAAGGGCUGCGAGGACAACCAGAUCCUCGGCCAAGCGCUGGACAAGUUCGCGCACCUGGUGCACGGCUCCGGCGACUAUGUGGAAGAGGAGGAGGACAUUCUCAUGAGUGGCGCUCCAGUUGCGGAUAUUAUCGAACGGCUGGAGCAGUCGCUGGAAUCGCCGAGCCGCAGCAGCAUAACAGCCGCGCAGGGCCUGUUGCACCUGCACCACAUCGGCGACCACCUGCCGCCCGCCGAACACUCGCAACCCGUGGACAGCGCCUACAUGUCGGACGAGGUGUUUGGAGCCGACGCGCCGCCCGACUGCGCGCUUCAGACGCUUAGCGUCGCGUCCGAAAUGCGUGAAACCAACAAUGUUAACCAUUUAGAGUAUGAGCAUAAUGCCGAGAAGAGGCUACAGAGUGACGUUGAAUCGUCCGACGUGAUGUAUACUGAACAAGUACCUGAUUUACACGAUACUUACUCAAAUAAGCCCUUUGAAGAGCAGCAGCAGUCGCUGCCGGAUCAGAGCGAGGUCGCCGCGCCCAGCGACUCUACCACAGAGAAUAUAGCCACCGAAAUAAAGGAGGAAAUUGACGCCGAGAAGCUGACAGAGGAUUUGUCGGCGUGUAACCCGGAAGAACAAAGUGACGUCCCGCAGGACGCGCCAAUGGUCAUAGAAAAGCAGGAGCCGCCGAGCGCGGAUGAACUGGAGCCGACUGACUUAAGCGUGAAACACGUGAACAGUGAGAGCACGCCGCAGGUGGUCGCGAGCGCCGCGGAAACCACGCAGAAUAACGAAGACAGCUUGUCGGACAAAAGCGACGAACAACCUAGAGACCUAAGCGUGCAUAGAAGGCUGCCUACCCCGCAUGCGUCACCGCGGAGGUUAGAAAUACCGAGAGCGCCGUCGAGGGAGUCGGACGCGAUGCAGUCGCCGCAGCCCAGCGGCAUACCCGCCGUGCCUUCCUCACCGGAAAUAUUCACCAUGCCGCUCACAAAAAGCAAACAGGCAUUAUUCCUAGAAACACUGUUGUCCUCACCUUCGCCUAAAAUGUACACAUCUGAAGUGACCAUAACGAAACAACAAUGCGAACCGUUAAAUCUAGGUAAACAUAGAAAAUCAGCCAGUCCCACGGUCACGAGCUGUUCAGACGAGAUCAGGAAGCUGAACAAGGAGUUUGGCGAGCCUCAAGAGAAGAGAGUAAGACGCGAGUCCACGGAAGACUUCGCCAAGAUUAGCAAAGUAUUUAAUAAAUGCACCGAAUCAAUAUCCGCAUCCAAACAGAAAGAAGCCGAGAAACCCGCUCAGAAGGCGUGCGAUGAUACUAGUCCUCUAAAACAAUUCCAUAUGUUAAAGAGUAGUUCUGAUUUCAACCUUCCAGACCCUCUGUUAGUACCAAAAGAAAAGUUGAGCACGAUCCUGUCUGCGCCAGCAAGGGAAAUACCCGCUCUACUAAUACAAAGGCCGGAACUGAGGCUGCCCGAGGCAUUCGCAUUCCCCGCCGUGUUACAAGACCCCGAUAUCCUUGUCAUAUCAUUAUCACAGCUAGAGAACAUCCUGCGGAACGAUUCUAAUAAACCAAUAUCUCCCAGCGGGAAGGAGAGUCGGCCGGCGACCAAGCCCGCGACGAGUACAGAGCAGGUCAGUACUCCGCAGCCCGACCAGACGAGCCAGCCGAAGCCGAUACCCUCGAUGGACGCGCUGGCUGGCGACAUCGACGCGGCGACCUCGGCCGCUCUCAACCAAAUGCUGUGGUUACCGUACAUAAGCCAGCUCGAAGCGAUGGCAAACUGCUCACAAAAUAUGGAUUUCCUUAAAGCUUUAAAUUCAUCCGGGUACGCCGGGCCAAACUACCCUGAUCUGUCACAAAUGUUCAAUCCGGCGGCGCGAUUCAUGGGCCCCACAGGGUUCCCCAUGAUGCCGCCCAUGGACUACGACAACCGGUUACAAUUCGCCAUGUGGCAGGAGGCCAUGAACCAUGCGAACGCCUCGCAGCGGGCCAAAGCGAACACAAUGGAAGCACAGAUGAAAGACAUCGCUAAAUCCACUGACGUACAGAACCCGUAUGUUCAUUCCACAAAGAACUAUCAAAAAACGCAUUCAUCGGCGCGGACGAGUCCCAUAGCGCACAGCUACAACAACCAACGCGCGAUGACGCACAACCCAUUCCUGCAGGGUAUGUAUCCCGGGAUGAAUCCCAACAUACGACCCAACAUGCCGCUGCCGGGGUUGCAGAUACCGUAUUUUAAUCCAAACAUGAUGGGUAGCCAGAGAUCGCCGCGGACCGGGCAGCAGAAGAGCCCUACGUCGCCGUACUACCCCAACAACAAUUACCUGCAGUCUGUAAAGCAAUCGGACCCGCAGCCACAGCGAAGCAACAGUGCGAGUUCGCAGGAGUCGCCGCGGCCCCGGAUCAGCGUAAAGUCGCUGCACAACUUGAUGGAACCGAGCGCGGCGGCGUCGGCGGUGGGCCCGGGCCGGCGCGCGCCCAACCCGCCCGUGCUGGGCCGCCGGAGAGAGGAGCCCGAGGUGGGCAGCACCACGCCGCUCGGCGAGCCGCCGGCGAUGAUGCCGCCGCACCCACACGACCCCUCCACCUUCCACCUGUGGCAUCCGCUCUUUGGCAAUGAGUUUUCCGGGUGGUUCUCCCAAGGUAUUUGUUUAGUUUUUGUUAUAUUUGCUUUUAUUUAUUCCUUAUUCCGGCUGUUUGAUAUGUUCUUCGUAGGGGAAGUGCAAUUACUGUCAGCCAGAUAGCGGUUAUGACCGCCUAGGGGCCGUUCAA